AUGAAACAAAACCUUAAGAAACACAUGACAAUUCACACUGGAGAGAAGCCUUUUGCUUGCUCUCAGUGUGUAAAGAGUUUUACGGAGAAAAAAGGACUGAAGAGGCACAUGAAAAUGCACACUGGAGAGAAGCCUUUCACCUGUUCUCAGUGUGGAAACGGUUUCGUUGAGAAAAGAAACCUUAAGAUUCACAUGAAAAUGCACACUGGAGAGAAGCCUUUCACCUGUUCUCAGUGUGGAAACAGUUUCAGAGACAAAGCAAGCCUUGAGAGCCACAUGAGAAUUCACACUGGAGAGAAACCUUUCGCCUGCUCUCAGUGUGGAAAGAGUUUCAGACACCAAGCAAACCUUAAGAGACACAUGAGAAUUCACACUGGAGAGAAGCCUUUCACCUGCUCUCAGUGUGGAAAGAGUUUCACACAACAAGGACAGCUUAAAACUCACAUGAGAAUUCACACUGGAGAGAAGCCUUUCACCUGCUCUGAGUGUGAGAAGUGUUUUACCCAACAAGAAAACCUUAAAAAUCACAUGAGAACUCACUCUGGAGAGAAGCCUUUCACCUGCUCUGAGUGUGAGAAGGGUUUUACAAAACAAGAAAACUUUAAAAAUCACAUGAGAACUCACUCUGGAGAGAAGCCUUUCUUCUGCCUUCAUUGUGUAAAGAGUUUCACAACGAAAAAAGGCCUUGAGAGUCACAUGAGAAUUCACACUGGAGAGAAGCCUUUCACCUGCUCUGAGUGUGAGAAGGGUUUUACACAAAAACAAAACCUUAAAUAUCACAUGAGAACUCACUCUGGAGAGAAGCCUUUCUUCUGCCUUCAUUGUAUAAAGAGUUUCACAACGAAAAAAGGCCUUGAGAGUCACAUGAGAAUUCACACUGGAGGGAAGCCUUAA